UAGUAAACAACGGCAAAAUGAUAUCAUAUCUUACACUCACGAUUACAAGACUUAAAUAUAAUUAAUUUUUUAAUUUGACGAGAUUAAUGAAAUCAUUCAUCAAUAAACUGAUGAAUUAUUGCUUUUCAAUAUUAAGUUUAAGUUUAUUUUGCUUUAUACAUUAUGAGUGAAACUUUAAGAACACUAAAAGAACAAUCAAGAAAGAGAAAAAAAAUGUUAGCAAAAACGUUAGGCUUCACAGGAGUUCAACAACUUAGACGAGCUUUAAAUACAAAAAGAGAGCAAAAAGUUGUACGCUCUAUUUCAAAGUUAAUUAAUAAAUAUACUGUGCAGUCAAGUUCGUCUGAAAUUGUUUAUAAAGAUUCGUCCACAUUUCUCAAAGGGACUCAGUCUUCUAAUCCUCAUAAUGAUUAUUGCCAACAUUUUGUUGAUACGGGACAACGACCUCAAAAUUUCAUUAGAGAUGUUGGUCUUACUGAUAGAUUUGAAGAAUAUCCAAAAUUGAGAGAAUUGAUCCGUUUAAAGGAUGAACUUAUUCAACAAACUGCAACUCCUCCAAUGUUCUUGAAGUGCAAUUUAAAUAACUUUGAUUUUGGUUCAAUUAAUAUGAAAUUUGAUGUUAUUUUAAUUGAACCUCCUCUAGAAGAAUAUCAACGCACUAUGGGGGUCACAAAUAUAGCUUUGUGGAACUGGAAACAAAUAAUGGAAUUAAAUAUUGGAGAAUUGGCUGCCAAUAGAAGUUUUAUUUUUUUAUGGUGUGGUUCCUCUGAUGGUUUGGAUAUGGGCCGCGAAUGUUUAAGACGUUGGGGUUUUAGACGAUGUGAAGAUAUUUGUUGGAUAAAAACUAACUGUAAAAAUCCAGGACAUUCAAAAAACUUAGAACCAAAUGCUGUGUUUCAACGAACUAAAGAACAUUGUUUAAUGGGUAUUAAAGGAACUGUUCGCCGCUCUACAGAUGGUGAUUUUAUUCAUGCUAAUGUUGAUAUUGACUUGAUUAUUAGUGAAGAAAAUGAACAGAAUUUGAUAGAAAAACCUGUUGAAAUAUUUCACAUAAUUGAGCAUUUCUGUCUUGGAAAACGAAGAUUACAUCUUUUUGGAAGAGAUAGUACUAUACGUCCUGGCUGGUUAACAUUAGGUCCAGAAUUAACAAAUUCAAAUUUUAAUACAGAGUUAUUCAACAAAUAUUUUAGUAAUGGCAAUCUAACUACUGGAUGCACUGAUCGUAUUGAAGUGUUAAGACCUAAGUCUCCUCCUCCAAAGUGUAAAAUCUCAAUGAAUACUCGAAAAAACAUAUCUAGUUUAAACAGGGGGAGAGGACGAAUUUAAACUAAUAUAGACUCUGAAAUUUAUUAUAGUUUUAUAUGAUAUUAAUAAUAAGACUGAGUUUAUGUUAAAAAUGUUAUUUAAAAUUCUAGUUCGAAAACAAUUAUUUUAUUUAUGUUAGAUUAAACAUAGGCCUAAUUUUUAAGUGUAGUGAAAUUGAUUUUUUAAAUGUGACAUAUUUUCUACUAAAUUAUACAUAAAAAUAUUUAAGUUUUCAUAAAAUGAAAAUUCCCAUAAGUAUUAAAAAUGACAAUAAACAAAGCAAAACAUUGUUGUAUUCUAUUUUUUUUUUUAUAUUUAAUAAAUCUUUGUAAUAUUUUUG